GCGAGCCCUGCCUGUCGUUGGUGAGGGGCUGCGGGCAGGGGAGGCUCCGCGGGUCAAAGCGGCUCCAUGCCCACUGGUGGGUGGAACGUGUGGAGCGGAACGCGGAGGUCAAGUCUGACGGCCGCUCGCAACCCUUAACGUGGUAUCUAACGUGGGAUUUCAUUUAGCCCACGGUGGAUUAAUUCAUUGGGGGCAGCCUCGCUGGUCUGGCUCCUCCAGGAGCUGGGCAACCUUGACGGGCUUUUUGUCUUGCUGCUCCAACCCCUUCUCCCUUCCUCCUCCUCCUCCAGAUGCCUUUUCUCUGCCCCUCCUCGCCCGGUACAGACAUUUCCAGGGCAGGCUGCUGCUCGUGGCUGCUGUCGAAGCCACUUCUUGGGAUUUCGGCUCGUUUCCCUCUGGGGUGUUUUUUGAGGAGGGAGAGUUUUUCUCCCCUCCACGAUGGGAUUUUCUUCCCGUGCCAAAAUGGACUUUCAUUGAUUUCUACUUACUUCUUCGACGUUUAGUGACCAAUUCCCUAGGGUUAUUUUUGUGGUAGUUCCUUUUUUCAAGUACAUUCUCUGUAAAAUGGAGAACGAGAUUUUUACUCCCCUUCUGGAGCAGUUCAUGACCAGCCCCUUGGUCACUUGGGUUAAAACGUUUGGACCUCUGGCUGCAGGAAAUGGGACCAACCUGGAUGAAUAUGUAGCUUUGGUGGAUGGGGUGUUCUUGAACCAAGUCAUGCUCCAAAUUAAUCCUAAAUCGGAGAGUCAGAGAGUAAAUAAAAAAGUCAACAAUGAUGCCUCACUUAGAAUUCAUAAUCUAUCCAUUUUGGUGAGACAGAUAAAAUUUUAUUACCAGGAGACUUUGCAGCAGUUGAUCAUGAUGUCAUUGCCAAAUGUCUUAAUCAUUGGCAAAAAUCCCUUUUCUGAACAAGGCACAGAAGAAGUUAAAAAGUUGCUUUUACUUUUACUGGGUUGUGCAGUUCAGUGUCAGAAAAAAGAAGAAUUUAUUGAAAGAAUUCAAAGUUUAGAUUUUGAUACAAAAGCAGCGGUUGCCGCACAUAUUCAAGAGGUAACCCAUAAUCAGGAAAAUGUGUUUGAUCUACAAUGGAUGGAAGUGACUGACAUGUCUCAGGAGGAAAUAGAACCACUCUUGAAAAACAUGGUAUUGCAUCUAAAAAGACUUAUAGAUGAGAGAGAUGAACAUUCGGAGACUAUCGUUGAACUCUCUGAAGAGCGGGAUGGUCUUCAUUUUCCACCCCAUGCCUCUUCAUCUGCACAGUCACCUUGUGGUUCUCCAGGCAUGAAGCGAACAGAAAGUCGACAGCAUCUGUCAGUGGAACUGGCAGAUGCUAAGGCCAAGAUAAGAAGGCUUAGGCAGGAAUUGGAGGAAAAGACUGAACAGUUGUUGGACUGUAAACAAGAACUUGAGCAAAUGGAAAUAGAACUAAAAAGGCUGCAACAAGAGAACAUGAAUUUGCUUUCGGAUGCUCGUUCUGCAAGAAUGUAUCGAGAUGAAUUAGAUGCGCUUCGGGAGAAGGCUGUCAGAGUUGAUAAGCUUGAAAGUGAAGUUAGCAGAUACAAAGAGAGGCUACAUGAUAUUGAAUUUUAUAAGGCAAGAGUUGAGGAAUUAAAAGAAGACAAUCAAGUUUUAUUAGAAACAAAAACCAUGUUGGAAGACCAAUUAGAAGGAACUCGAGCUCGUUCUGAUAAAUUACAUGAAUUAGAAAAAGAAAAUUUACAACUGAAGGCUAAACUGCAUGAUAUGGAAAUGGAGCGUGAUAUGGAUAGAAAAAAGAUUGAAGAAUUAAUGGAAGAAAAUAUGACUUUGGAAAUGGCACAGAAACAAAGUAUGGACGAAUCAUUACAUCUUGGCUGGGAGCUGGAACAAAUAUCCAGAACUAGUGAACUUUCUGAAGCACCACAAAAAUCCUUGGGUCAUGAGGUAAAUGAAUUGACAUCAAGUAGGUUGUUGAAGUUGGAGAUGGAAAAUCAGAGUUUGACAAAAACUGUAGAAGAGCUUCGGAGUACUAUGGAUUCUGCAGAAGGCACCACUUCCAAGAUCCUGAAAAUUGAAAAAGAAAAUCAAAGACUAAGUAAGAAGGUUGAAAUUCUUGAAAAUGAAAUUAUUCAAGAAAAGCAAAGUCUUCAGAAUUGUCAGAAUUUAAGCAAGGAUCUAAUGAAGGAGAAAGCUCAGCUUGAAAAAACAAUUGAAACACUUAGAGAAAAUUCAGAGAGACAGAUUAAAAUAUUGGAACAGGAAAAUGAACAUCUGAAUCAAACUGUGUCCUCCUUAAGGCAGCGCUCCCAGAUAAGUGCUGAAGCAAGGGUGAAAGACAUUGAAAAAGAAAAUAAAAUUCUCCAUGAAUCUAUCAAGGAAACCAGUAGCAAGCUAAGCAAGAUUGAAUUUGAAAAAAGGCAAAUCAGAAAAGAGUUGGAACAUUAUAAGGAAAAAGGAGAACGAGCAGAAGAACUUGAAAAUGAGUUACAUCAUCUUGAAAAAGAAAAUGAAUUGUUACAGAAAAAGAUAACCAAUUUAAAAAUUACUUGUGAAAAAAUUGAGGCCUUAGAACAAGAAAAUUCAGAGCUAGAAAGAGAAAAUAGGAAAUUUAAAAAAACAUUGGAUAGCUUUAAAAACCUUAGUUUUCAGUUAGAAUCCCUAGAGAAAGAGAAUUCCCAGCUUGAUGAGGAAAACUUAGAACUGCGAAGGAAUGUAGAAUCUUUGAAGUGUGCAAGCAUGAAAAUGGCUCAGCUACAACUAGAAAACAAAGAACUGGAAAGUGAAAAAGAACAACUUAAGAAAGGUUUAGAGCUCAUGAAAGCAUCUUUCAAGAAAACAGAACGCUUAGAGGUUAGCUACCAGGGUUUAGAUACAGAAAAUCAAAGGCUACAGAAAGCUCUAGAAAACAGCAAUAAAAAAAUUCAGCAGUUGGAAAGUGAACUACAAGACUUAGAGAUGGAAAAUCAAACAUUGCAAAAAAACCUAGAAGAGUUAAAAAUAUCUAGCAAAAGACUAGAACAGCUAGAAAAAGAAAACAAAUCAUUAGAACAAGAGACUUCUCAACUGGAAAAGGAUAAGAAACAACUGGAGAAGGAAAAUAAGAGACUCCGACAACAAGCAGAAAUAAAAGAUAUCACAUUAGAAGAAAAUAAUGUGAAAAUUGGAAAUUUGGAAAAAGAAAACAAAACCCUUUUCAAAGAGAUUGGUAUUUAUAAAGAAUCCUGCAUUCGUCUGAAAGAAUUAGAGAAAGAAAAUAAGGAGCUUGUGAAAAGAGCAACUAUUGAUAUAAAAACUUUAGUUACAUUACGAGAGGAUUUGGUGAGUGAAAAACUGAAGACUCAACAAAUGAAUAAUGAUCUUGAAAAAUUAACUCAUGAGCUUGAGAAGAUAGGGUUAAAUAAAGAGCGACUCUUACAUGAUGAGCAGAGUACUGAUGACAGAUACAAACUUUUGGAAUCAAAAUUAGAAUCCACUCUAAAGAAGUCUCUUGAAAUAAAAGAAGAAAAAAUCGCUGCAUUAGAAGCUCGAUUAGAAGAGUCCACAAAUUAUAACCAGCAGUUGCGCCAAGAACUUAAAACAGUGAAAAAGAAUUAUGAAGCUCUCAAGCAGAGACAAGAUGAGGAAAGGAUGGUACAGAGCUCUCCUCCAAUUUCCGGUGAAGAUAACAAAUGGGAGCGAGAAAGUCAAGAAACAACCAGAGAGCUUCUGAAAGUUAAAGACAGAUUAAUUGAAGUUGAAAGAAAUAAUGCUACACUGCAAGCAGAGAAGCAAGCAUUGAAAACUCAACUGAAGCAACUUGAGACACAGAACAAUAAUUUGCAGGCUCAGAUUCUUGCACUUCAGAGGCAGACAGUAUCAUUACAGGAGCAGAAUACCACUCUUCAAACACAGAAUGCCAAGCUUCAGGUUGAAAAUUCCACUCUUAAUUCCCAAAGUACCUCACUUAUGAACCAGAAUGCACAACUCCUAAUCCAGCAGUCUUCCUUAGAAAAUGAAAAUGAAUCUGUAAUCAAAGAGCGAGAAGACCUGAAAUCUCUCUAUGAUUCUCUGAUCAAAGAUCAUGAAAAGCUGGAACUUCUGCAUGAACGACAGGCUUCAGAGUAUGAGUCUCUCAUUGCUAAACAUGGAACUCUAAAGUCUGCCCACAAAAAUCUUGAGGUGGAACAUAAAGACCUUGAAGAUCGUUACAAUCAGUUACUAAAACAGAAAGGACAAUUGGAAGAUUUGGAAAAAACACUGAAAGUAGAACAGGAAAAAAUGCUGCUUAAAAACAAAAACCAUGAAACUGUAGCUGCAGAAUACAAGAAACUUUGUGGUGAAAAUGAUAGGUUGAAUCAUACAUAUAAUCAGCUUUUAAAAGAGACUGAAGUUUUACAAACUGACCAUAAAAACUUGAAAAGUCUUCUAAAUAGUUCCAGACUGGAACAAACAAGAUUAGAAGCUGAAUUUUCAAAGUUAAAGGAACAAUACCAACAACUGGACAUCACAUCCACCAAGCUAAAUAACCAGUGUGAGUUGCUAAGCCAACUUAAAGGAAAUUUAGAAGAGGAAAAUCGACAUCUACUAGAUCAAAUUCAGACAUUAAUGCUACAGAACAGAACACUAUUGGAGCAGAAUAUGGAAAGCAAGGAUCUUUUUCAUGUUGAACAAAGACAGUACAUUGAUAAGUUAAAUGAAUUAAGACGACAAAAGGAGAAACUAGAAGAGAAAAUUAUGGAUCAAUACAAAUUUUAUGACCCAUCUCCUCCUAGAAGGAGAGGCAACUGGAUUACUCUAAAAAUGAGAAAAUUGAUAAAGUCUAAGAAAGACAUUAAUCGGGAGCGUCAGAAAUCACUAACAUUAACACCAACCCGCUCAGACUCCAGUGAAGGAUUUCUUCAACUCCCCCAUCAAGAUAGUCAAGAUAGUUCUUCAGUAGGUUCAAACUCUUUAGAAGAUGGCCAAACUCUGGGGACCAAGAAAAGCAGCAUGGUUGCACUGAAAAGACUGCCCUUUUUGAGGAACAGACCGAAGGAUAAAGACAAAAUGAAGGCCUGCUACCGUCGUUCCAUGUCCAUGAAUGACCUGGUGCAGUCCAUGGUCCUAGCAGGAGGACAGUGGACAGGUAGUACUGAGAAUUUGGAGGUUCCUGAUGAUAUUUCAACGGGUAAAAGGAGAAAAGAAUUGGGAGCUAUGGCCUUCUCUACUACAGCCAUCAACUUUUCAACUGUCAACUCUUCUACAGGCUUCAGAUCCAAGCAGUUGGUUAAUAAUAAAGAUACUACAUCCUUUGAAGACGUAAGUCCACAAGGUAUUAGUGAUGAUUCUAGUACGGGAUCAAGAGUUCAUGCUUCGAGACCAGCCAGCCUUGAUAGUGGCAGAACAUCCACUAGCAAUAGCAAUAAUAAUGCUUCACUCCAUGAAGUCAAAGCAGGUGCAGUUAAUAUCCAAAGCAGGCCACAAAGCCACAGCAGUGGAGAAUUUAGCCUGCUUCAUGAGCAUGAGGCGUGGUCCAGCAGUGGUAGCAGUCCAAUCCAAUACUUGAAAAGACAGCCCAAAUCAAGUCCAGUGCUCCAGCACAAAACACUAGAGAGUCGAGCACAUCACAAGGUCAAAACUGGUUCCCCUGGAAGUGAAGUUGUUACUCUACAACAGUUUUUGGAAGAAAGCAACAAGCUUACCUCAAUACAGAUAAAGCCCUCAAGUCAAGAGAAUCUUUUAGAUGAAGUAAUGAAAAGUUUGUCUGUCUCUUCUGACUUUUUGGGAAAAAACAAACCAGUUAGCUGUGGUCUGGCCAGGUCAGUAAGUGGAAAAACUGUAGGAGACUUCUAUGAUAGACGGACAACUAAGCCUGAACAAUUUGUGAGACCUGGUCCUCAAAAGACUGAAGAUACCUAUUUCAUUAGUUCUUCAGGAAAGCCUACACUAGGCACUCAAGGAAAGAUAAAAGUAGUAAAAGAAACUUCUCUGUCACGACAAUCAAAAGAUAGUAAUCCCUAUGCCACUUUACCUCGUGCAAGCAGUGUGAUCUCUACUGCUGAAGGAACUACUCGAAGGACAAGCAUCCAUGACUUUUUGACCAAGGACAGUAGACUACCUAUGUCAGUUGAUUCACCACCAGCUACUGCUGAUAGCAGCAUCACUGCAACAUCUAAUGUGGACAAAGUACAAGAAAGCAGAAAUUCAAAAAGCAGGUCUAGGGAGCAACAAAGCUCCUAAUUCUAUUACCCACUACAUGACAUGUGGGCCAAGUGAGAGAAAAGUGUCCUUCAGUUUCUCAGUGUGAAGCCUUUAUUUCUGAAGUAACAAGACACCCAACUAUAGGAAUCACUUUUUAAAAUCUUUAAGACUUUAACAAUCCUUCGUGACUAGAGCAGGAAAGAAAUACAAACCUUCAUUCCUUCCUUGAAUCAAGGAGCACUACUGGAGUCAACUGCCAAAAUUUUUAGAAGGUUUUGUGACUUACCAUACAUUGUACUGUUAAGAUCUACUGAAUAAAGGAUGUUCUCUCAC